UAGAUCUCAUGUGACCAGGAGUCGACGUGUGCAGAAGUCCUGCUAGUCUAGUCCUUGUUCCCGUCUGGGUACCAGCUUCCCUUAGCAGCGCAGGCGGCCGCCCCGGAGAAGAGUGAAAGGUGAAGGAGUCAACUUGUGGAAAUUUUGCAGGUCUGCAGGAUAUGUAUGGCCCUUGGGAAAGGGACUAGGGGUCCUGGAAGAAGGACAAGAAGAUCUCUGUAAUAGUUUAAAAGUAAUCCUUCUCUGCCAUCUAAGACCGCUUGCCAGACACCCAUCCUCCCCCAAACCGCGCCUCAGUGUUAGCGAUAGUUUGGAUCUGCUUUUCCCUCCCUGUCUGAUGAGAAAGACUAGCUAACUCGCACUGUGGAGAAGGGGAGAACUGGAGGAAACAAAAGUAAUUGCAUUCAAAGGGGAAUAGCAGAAAAGGAGAGGAAGGAAGAGAGGCAGACAGACACAAGAUGAAACCCUGUCAAAAAAUUGAAGGAAAACCAGAAAAUGAGAGUGAACCAAAGCUCGAGGAAGAGCCAAAGCCUGAGGAAAAGCCAGAGGAGGAGGAAGAGCCAGAGGAGGAAGAAAAAGCAGAAGGAACUUUUAGAGAAAGGCUGAUUCAAUCUCUCCAGGAAUUUAAAGAAGAUAUACACAACAGGCAUUUAAGCAAUGAAGAUAUGUUUAGAGAAGUGGAUGAAAUAGAUGAGAUAAGGAGAGUAAGAAACAAACUUAUAGUGAUGCGUUGGAAGGUUAAUCGAAACCAUCCUUACCCCUAUUUAAUGUAAUUUACCUUGAUCUUUAUUUGAUAUUAACAAUACCAUAUAGCUUUCUUUUUAUUAGCAUUUUCCUGAUAUGCCUUUGUCCAUCUUUCUACUUUUAACCUGUUGCUGUUAGUGGUUUUAGAUGUAUCUGUUGUUAUCUGCAUCUCAUUGUUUAUUGUAUUUUGAACCAAUCUACAAGACUCUGUCUUUUAAUAAAAGAUCUUUACUCAUUUGUAAAAAAGAGGUUCCUGAUAGGAUAUAAAAUGAAAAAAGGUUACUAAAUAAUAUGUGAAUAUCAUAUUUUUGAAAGGUAAAAGUACAUUUGUAUAUUACAUAUAUGUACUUAAAACCUUGUUUAGGAUGAAAGAUAAAAAGUACAGUCUUGGUGGUGGGAUUAUGAAUGAUUUUUCUUCUUUUGCUUAUUUGUAUUUUCCACAUCUUUAAAAUGAGCACACGUUAUCAUUGCUAAAAAUAAUAAAAGUUUUAUA